AUGUCAACAGCUACUAGUACUGCUGUUGUACCUCCAAGUUCAAAGGUUUCUGAUGAUGAAGCUCAACCAUUCUUAGGACCAAACCUUAAUGUUACUUUAACUUGUCCAGAAUGUAAAAUAUUUCCUCCCGAUCUAAUCGAAAGAUUCAGCGAAGGGGAUAUCGUCUGUGGGAGUUGUGGGUUGGUGCUUAGUGAUCGUAUUGUCGACACUAGAUCUGAAUGGAGAACAUUCAGCAAUGAUGAUCAAAAUGGAGAUGAUCCAAGUCGUGUAGGAGAUGCAGGUAAUCCAUUAUUUGAUACCGAGGAUUUAUCCACAGCCAUCUCUUUCUCGCCAGAAGCAGGUAGAACUGGUAGAGAUUUGAACCGUGCACAAUCCAAGUCAUUAGUUGAUAAGAAAGAUAAUGCACUUGCAGCCGCAUAUGCAAAGAUAUCUCAAAUGUGUGAUGGUUAUCAAUUACCUAAGAUUGUUCAAGAUGGUGCCAAAGAAGUUUAUAAGUUAGUAUAUGACGAGAAAUCGUUAAGAGGGAAAUCACAAGAGUCCAUUAUGGCUGCUUCUAUUUUUAUUGGAUGUCGUAAGGCAAAAGUUGCUAGAUCCUUUAAAGAAAUUUGGGCCUUGACAAACGUUCCUCGUAAGGAAAUUGGUAAAGUGUUUAAAAUUAUGAAGACGGUGAUGCAAGAAAAGAAUGCUUCUAAUCCUAAUGCAUCUUAUAUGAUUCAAGAUAAUGAACAAACUACACAAACUUCAGCUGCUGAUUUAAUCAGAAGAUUUUGUUCUCAUUUGGGUUUAAAUACUCAAGUUACAAAUGGUGCUGAACAUAUAGCAAGACGUUGCAAAGAGGUUGGAGUGUUGGCAGGUAGAUCUCCUACUACAAUUGCUGCAACUGUUAUAUAUAUGGCAGCUUUGGUCUUUGGUGUAUACUUGCCACCAGCCAAAAUUAGUGAUAAGACUGGAGUGAGUGAUGGUACUAUUAAAACAUCAUACAGAGUAAUGUAUGAAGAGAAAGAAAAAUUAAUUGAUCCAUAUUGGAUUGAAUCUGGAAAGGUAAAGUUAGAAAACAUACCAAGAAGUUGA